AUGAGUACAAAUACAAGUAAGAAAGGUUACAAUAAAUAUAUGGAUAAAAGAAUGUACGUGAAUAAUAGUAAUAAUAGUAGUAGUAAUAGUAAUAAUAAUAAUAUUAAUAGUAGUAGUAGUAGUAGUAAUAAUAAUAAUAAUAACGUCCAUCAAAAGGAGAAGAUGUUGCAUGGUCAGAAUAAUAGUAAUUGUAAUAGUAAUAAUGAAGAGUAUCGUAAUAUUAAGAAAGAUGAUAAUAUGAGUAACGUUGUGAAUACUAGUGAAAGGCGAAUUUUAUUUUAUAAGACUAAAAUAUGUCCUUGGUAUAUUAAAGGAAAGUGUGAAAGGAGAAAAACUUGUUUAUAUGCUCAUGCUCAAAAUGAAUUAAGAGAAUUACCGAAUUUAUGUAAAACUAGUUUAUGUCCAAAAUUAAAGAUAAAUGAGUUAUGUAAUGAUAAAAAAUGUAAAUAUGCUCAUACGAAUAUAGAAUUGAGGGCUACCGAAAAUUUGUACAAAACGGCAUUAUGUGAGAGUUUUAUUAAAGGUAAAUGUUUUUCUGGACAAUUUUGUAGAUAUGCUCAUGGUCAUAAUGAAUUAAGAGAAAACCCUAUGGAAAUAACGGACAAGAAUAUUAUUAUUGGAACUAGUAAAAAUAAGAGUGAUAAGCAAGAAUAUGAGAAGAAAAAGAAUUCAAGUAACAGUAGUAACAAUCCUAAUAACAACAAUAGUAAUAUCAACAACAAUAAUAUUAAUAGUAAUAAUAACAACAACAACAAUAAUAAUAAUAUGAAUCAUCACAUUAAUAGUAAUAGUAGUAAUAGUAGUAAUCAUAUUAAUAAUAAUGUGGAUUCAAAUAAAAGAAAUGAAACUUAUUGUAUAUUCCCAAAGAAGAAAGAAAUAUAUUUUAAUAAAGUUAAUGCUUUGACAGAAGAUGAUGGAAUCUAUGAUAUUACAGAAACAAUUGAUCCACAAUUAUUGAAUGAUAGUAAUACAGACAAUUCAUAUGAAUGUAAUAAAAAAGGUGCAGCUGCUAUAAGUACGAAUGUAAAUAAUACGACUACUGAGUAUGUAUUAAAAAAUGGAAUAAAGAAUGCUAAGAGUAAUAUGAGCAAUAAUAAUAUAAAUGCAAAUAUGAAUGUUGUUAAUAAUGCUAAUGUUAAUGUUGCACAUAUGAAUCACAUGAUGUUGAAUAAUAUGAAUCACAUGCAUAAUAUGAACCAUAUGAAUAAUAUAAACCAUAUGAAUAAUAUGAACCAUAUGAAUAAUAUAAAUCAUAUAAAUGUGAAUAUGAAUAGUUUUAUGAAUGGAAACAUGAAUCACAUGACCCCCUUAAAUCAUAUGAAUAAUAUGAAUAUGCAUCUGAAUCUAAACCAUAUGAAUAAUAUGAAUAGUAUGAAUAGUAUGAAUAGUAUGAAUAGUAUGAAUAAUAUGAAUAAUAUGAAUAAUAUGAAUAGUAUAAAUAAUAUGAAUAAUAUGAAUAGUAUGAAUAGUAUGAAUAAUGUAAGUAGUGUAAAUAAUGUGAAUCACAUGAACUUUAAUAUGAACCACAUGAAUUUCAAUAUGAAUCAUAUGAACAACCACAAUAAUAAUAACAACAAUAAUAAUAAUAAUUGUAGUAAUAGUAUGAUCCCUUCUGUUAUGAAUACAUCAUUAGAAAAUUAUAACAAGGCAGAAGACAAUUCCAAAUUUAAUGAAGAACAGUUUUUGAACGAUAACUUAAAUGUGUUGGGAUUUCUUGAAGAAACGACCAGUGGAGAAAAAUUUGGAAGGUGUUCAAGUACGAGCAAUUUGUUAACCGAUAUAAAUUGUACGAAUAAACAAGACACUACUAAUUUUACAUAUAACAAUUGUACAAAUAUGGAUGGUAUAUAUAAUAAUAAUAAUAAUAAUAUCAAAUAUAAUAAUAUACAUAAUAUGAACAAUUCAACUCUUUCUUCUAACACAAUAAAUAAUAAUUACAAUAAUAUGACUACUACUAAUGGAAGUAUAAAUUAUUCAAGUAAUAACAAUAAUAAUAACAAUAUUGAGGACAAUUUUAAUCAUUUUAAUAACAAUAAUGUGGACAAAUUUAAUUAUGAGGAUUUUUUCUUUGGAAGCAUUUCGAAUAAUCAUCCGAAUAAUAAUACCUUGAGUAAUAAUAUUAUGUUAAAUAGCGAUGAGGUGUUACAUAGUAGAACGCAAGCAUUAAACACUUAUAUUAUGAAUGAUGAUAUAAAUAAUAACACAGCUCCUUCAACGGGAAGGGAAAGUAGUAAUAAUGAAGACAUGUUAAAUAAUAAGAUGGUAAUGAAUAAUGAUACAUUUAAUAAUGAUAAGGAAAAUAUAACAAAUAAUAAUACAACAAAUAAUAUUAAUAAUAAUGCUGAAAAUAAUGUAGUUACAUGGGAAGAUUUUUCCUUAUUUGGAAAAUCCAAAGCUCCUAUUUCAGAAAAUGAUUACUUUAAAAUUUUUAACUAUGGAAUAUGUAACAAUAUGGAUAACAAAUUGUAUGAAAAUUGUGAUGCAUAUAAAAAUGACAUUGAAAAGUAUGACAAGUCGUUAUUUAUUCUUUAA